AUGAACCUAACGGAAUUUAAAUUCUAUGAAUAUGAAAGUAAAGAACUUAGAACCAUAGAAAUAUCUCCCUGUAGAAAGUACAUAUGUGUAUGUGACUCUUUUGGAGUUAUAUAUAUAUACAAAAAUUUCAAGAAGGAAUUUUUGUACUUGAUGCAGCUGCAUGUACAUGUUUUAAAGAGCUCUAUUAUGUCUAUUAUGUGGAUAAGUAAAAAGAACAGGAAGAAGCAUUUGUUUAUGCACAACGAAUGGAAAGACUACGUUUUGGCCAUUACGACUCUAUGUGGUGAAAUUGUGCUAUACGAUUUGGAAAGCCAGAAUCGGCUACAAAGCAUCUCGAGCAAUGGGAGUAUUUCCUGUGCCAAAUUGAAUAACAGCCUUCAGUACUUCGGCACUACCAAUUUGAAUGGCUAUUUCUACCUGUACAACAUAUACAGCAACGCGGGCAGCCGGAUCUACAAUUGCUUCGACCGCUUCCACGAGGGGGGCGCGGUGACCAGCGGCGAAGUUAGCGACGUUAGCGAUGUUGGCGAUGUUGGCGAAGUUAGCGACGUUGGCGAAGUUAGCGAUGUUAGCGACGUUGGCGAAGUUAGCGAUGUUGGCGACGUCAGCGAUGAUGCAUAUAACCGUGACCGUAGCGACCUUCGCGACGGAAGCGACGACGCGCAGGAGCGACCGGGCAAAAAAAUCAAACUGUCAAACGACCUCACCCACUAUCUCGAAGAGGAGGACUCCUCGUCGCAGGGAGAAGACGCAGAGAGCGCCCCGACGGUGACCCCAAAGGCGACCCCCAAGGUGUGGCACGUAUUCUCCCCCGCAGCCAGAAAAACAGAAAAGAAAAAUAAAACGAGUGACACGUUUAAUUUAUUUAUUAUGAACAGAUUCAAGUGCAAGGAAAAGUUGGUAUGUUUGUACUUUGUGGAGGAGCUGAAAAGCAGGGAGGUGCUGCUAAGCAGUGUGCAGGGGGGGAAAAAAAAAACCAAGGUGGGUGCCGGAGAGGUGGAAAGCCAGGAGGAGGAGAGCGGUCGCGAGGAUAGCGGCCACGGGGAAGGCGACCCCCACGAGGCGACCCGCCCCCGCAGGAACAAAAUCCGGGAGCUGGAAAAGUCGUACCAUAGCUACAACCACUACGUACUGCUGGGCAGCGAAAAGUCCAAAAUUUACAAAUACAAUAUCACGAGCAAGCUCUGUGAGGGGGAGUUCAAGGGAGUUAAUGAUAACUGUAUCAUUUGGGACGUCCUUUAUAUAUACAAAACGGACGAGGUGGUGUGUGUAGAUAACAGUGGCUCCCUGACGAUCUUUGACAACAGCACCUUCAGCGUAAAAUAUUUUUUUAAUCAUCACCUGUACAAAUCGGUAUCUUUGGCGAAAACGCUGAAUGAGGAUUUUAUUUUCACUGCAGGGGUUGACAGGUAUAUAAUUAAAUACGCCCGGACACGAGUACACGUUGGAGGAGGAGCAGAAGCAAGAGGGCCGUCCUCAAAUGUGAGCAUCAAACAGCAGGUACCUACGACGGGGAAGCGAAACGCACAAAUGAUUAAUAGCAAACUGAAUGGAUAUACAACGACAUCCCUUUACUCAGCAGUGAAUGGAAGUAACCGUGCAGAAGGAGAAGAAGGAGAAGACGAACGGUUCUUCCUCCACAAGGUGAAAGAAACGAAGGAACUAAACAAAAAGUGGUAUCGCAUUAAUAAAAGAUCCGUGCACAUCUCAGACAUAAAACGUAUCGUCCUGUUGAGGGGAAAUCUCCUUGUUAACAUAAGUGACGACAUGUCCUUCUCUCUGUACGACACGUUCAACGGAGUCUGUAGGUACUUUGAAAUUGGCAACGCGGAGCUGAACAGGAAUGUUUAUUUUUCGGAAAAUUUGAAAACUGUUUUUUGUAUGUACGCUGGGGGGAUAGGAAUUCACUGUAAUGAUAGCUCUAUCUGCAUGGGGGGAGGAAGAAGAAGGGAGAGCUCUCCACAGAAUGCUGGGACGAUCGCUCAGAAGGACUUAGAAAAAAUUAAUGCAGUCAACUAUAAACACAUCGCCAACAUUUCCUACGGAAAGAACGAGUUUGUUAACUCUUGCAUUGUAAAUGAGAGCGCGACAAAAAUUGCCUGUAAAACGAAUAGGAAGCUCUCUAUUUAUCACUUCAGCAUAGAUGACCUGACCAUAUACAACUAUGACCUUUCGAAGUUGGCUGCUUCUAAGGUAUACUCCUUCGACUUUGUUGAUGACGACCUGGUCAUCCUUUCCUUUGCAAAGUGUCAUUUGAGCAAGAGUAGGGGGAAGAAGGAGAGGGGCGUUAUAAAGGAGAGGGGCGUAGGGGAGAAGCACUUCCCGGGGGGGGAGGACAACAACCAGGAGAUGUACGAUCAGUACGAACACGUGCAGGAUGGUGACGGCGAGGUGGAAAGAGGAGAGAACAGACGAGACGGUUUGUACACAUACCAUGUAGCCAUUUACAACGUAGACACGAAGGAAGUGAUGGAAGAAAUUCAAGUGGAUAGAAUUCUGUGCAACUUUAAAAAGUACCAAAAUGGGAAGCUAAUAAUUUGCACAGAUGACAAAAAAAUGUUUUUUAUUUUUUAA